AUGGGUCUGAAGAAUGUGGAGAUCAUGAUUCCCUUCGUCCGCACCCUGGAGAUGGCCAAGGACGUCAAUGAAGUGCUGGCGUCUCGGCUGGUGAACCGCACGCUGGAGAAGAACGGUCUGAAGCGAGGUGAAGAUGGGCUCAAGGUGAACAUGAUGGCAGAACUACCCAGCAACGUGUUUUUGGCGGAGGAGUUCCUGGAGUACUUUGAUGGCUUCUCCAUUGGGAGCAACGACCUCACGCAGCUCACCUUGGGCUUGGACCGUGACUCAGGGCUGGUGGCCCAGUACUUCGAUGAGCGAAACCCUGCAGUGAUGAAGGGCUUGGAGACGUUGAUCAAGGCGGCAAAGGCCAAGGGCAAGUACGUGGGCAUCGGCGGCCAGGGUCCCUCGGAUCAUCCGGACCUGGUGAAGUGGCUCAUGGAGCAGGGCAUCGACUCCGUGUCACUGAACCCUGACUCGGCAGCUCGGUCGAACCUGCUGGGGCUUCGGGAACCAGCUCGUGCCCCCAACAAGGAUGAUAAGGUACAAGAGCCUGGUGGCGAGAAAAAUGAACCCGAAGACGAGAAGCCCAUGAUCGGUUUCCGCUGUGGACGGAUGCCUUCUUCGCCACAGAAUUGGAGUUCCUUCCGCGACGCCAUGGAAUUACCUGGAAUUCCAGAUGCCAAAGAGCCAGAUGGCCCUGAAGAUGGCAUCGUGGUGCUUGAGAACGACUUGGGAGCAGCCAUUGAGGUGACGUUGGACCAAGAGUUGAAGGUGCUCUACCCACGGAAAAGUUGGAGCUUCGACAUCACCCGAGCAUCUGACAAGCUGAUGAAAGUUCACUGCAGGGAUUCCCCCAGCAUCUUCGGGACUCGGCGCGUCGAAGACAGCUCGACGCUUCGUGGAUCGGAGAGUUUCGGUUUUUUCGGCAUUGAGGUCUUUGAUUUCUUGCAAAAGGAUCGGGAGGAGGUGGAUCGAGAGAAGUCCCUGCAGCAGGAACGGAAAAAGAGAAUGGAAGGGCAACUUGAAAUUCUACACCUGAUUAUUGGUUAUGGCUGCUUCCCCUUGUUUUUCCUCUGCACAGCAGUGUUCUUGGUCGUCCUGGUGCUAUUGACGUGUUUGGACCCCGAGGACGUUGACUCCGCAGCGGUGCUGUGCUUGGGCCUGGUGCUGUCGCUGGCUGUUUUGUCCUGUUGCAGCUUCACUGCUCAGACUGCUAGUCUCAGAUGUCCAGGUCCACGUCAGAAAGUGUUGGCAUAUUAUGCACCCUUCGGCUGUUGCUUCCUGGGCAGCGUUACUGUGACGAUAGCCAUUGUGAGGUAUGUGAUGGCUGGAUUCUGGUGGACCGUGCUGGCAGCUGGGCUGCCGUGCUGUUGCAUGUCUACUUGGGCGGGUCUGGCGUGCUGGGGCGGCUCCUUCGAGGAGGCUAUCAAAGAUGCUGAGAGGUCUGAGAAGAAGUCAGUUUCCAAUCGGACCAUAGUGUUUCACGGCAAAGUUCGUCCAGGUACCGGCAGAUGUGUGUGCUCAUGGCCAGGCAAGUACGAGUCUGCUUGGGACGCCCUGGUCACAGGCAGCCGCAGUGGCGACAUUAGUGCAGCAGUGGUCUUCCUGCCCAAGGGUUCAAAGGAUUUCGGCAGCCACGACGUCAUCCCGGAAGAGGAAAGGCUACAGGGCAGCUGCUGGUGCGUUCCCCUUUAUGGGGAGCCAAAGCCGUGGGGUUGCCGUUGGUGGACAAAGUGGAUUGCAAACAUUGAAAGAGCGCAUGGGGAAGGCGCGGAAAUGGGGGUUUACUUCUUCAAGGGCAUGAAGGGUAAAGGGAAAGUUCAGGAUUUCUCAACGGCUGGUGCAGAGCAUUUGAGGCGAGAUGCCAUUCUAGCCAAGAAACAGGACUUCUUCCAUUCGCAAGCAUUUUCCAACGCAUGCCACGAAGGGAUUGAAGACCUUUCGAAAGACCCACGUGGAGACUCUUCCUCGCAGUACUCGCGCGAGGUGCAACGGCUCUUUUUGGCGUGGCUUCCAGAGGAAGAACGCCACUUCAUGGAGGCAUCUGAAGGUCUUGGGAAUUCACAGAAGGCCGAAGUAGCAUGGCUUGAACGGAAGGGCUAUGCGUACACAGAGGUGGAAGUGGACAUCUCCCAUUGGCCAAGCCACUUCUGGGAGGAGACUGCGUUGGACGUCAAUGAAGUGCUGGCGUCUCGGCUGGUGAACGAGCAGGAGAAGAACGGUCUGAAGCGAGGUGAAGAUGGGCUCAAGGUGAACAUGAUGGCAGAGCUGCCCACUUUUUUUUUGGCGGAGGAGUUCCUGGAGUACUUUGCAUCUUGGCAGUACCAACUUGAUGGCUUCUCCAUUGGGAGCAACGACCUCACGCAGCUCACCUUGGGCUUGGACCGUGACUCAGGGCUGGUGGCCAAGUACUUCGAUGAGCGAAACCCUGCAGUGAAGGGCUUGGAGACGUUGAAGGCGGCAAAGGCCAAGGGCAAGUGGGGCGGCCCAAGUGCCUGUUCAGAUGGGUGGAGGAUGACACAAGAUUCACAAGAUCCUGAGAUGUUGGUGGCUUCCCAGUACGUGGGCAUCGGCGGCCAGGGUCCCUCGGAUCAUCCGGACCUGGUGAAGUGGCUCAUGGAGCAGGGCAUCGACUCCGUGUCACUGAACCCGACUCGGCAGCUCGGUCGUCAUUCCAACCUGGCAGUUCUUGGCAAAGUGAGGGACCGGUCCGGUCUUCGUGCUCCCUGGUGGUCCGGAUCUCUGUCCAUCUCCAGUCGGCUCAAGAUGACCACGGUGCAAUGGGCAACCAACGAGCCUGAAGUGGUGUUGAUUCUUUGGAGUCUCAGUGCAGUUCUCUCCGAGAGGCAUCAUGGCGGUCCACAACAAGAUGUCGUGGCGCAGGCACCCAGGGCACCCAAAACCCCCAGGGCCCCCAGCUCGCCGCGGAUCGUGACGGCCAGCGCUCUACAACAUGUGACGGAGCGGUACAAGAGCCUGGUUGGUGGCGAGAAUGAACCCGAAGACGAGAAUCACAUGAUCGGUUUCGGCGGCUGCGGUCGGCUGCCUUCUUCGCCAUGGAAUUGGAGUUCCUUCCACAACGCCAUGGAAUUACCUGGAAUUCCAGAUGCCAAAGAGCCAGAUGGCCCUGAAGAUGGCAUCGUGGUGCUUGAGAACAACUUGGGAGCAGCCAUUGAGGUUACGCUGGACCAAGAGGUCAAGAUGCUCUACCCAGGGAAAAGUUGGAUCUUCGGCAUCACCGGAGCAUCUGACAAGCUGAUGAAAGUUCACUGCAGGGAUGACCCCAGCAUUCUUGGGACUCGGCAGGUCGAAGACGGCUUGACGCUUCGUGCAUCGGAGAGUUUCGGGUCUUUCGGCGUUCAGGUCGUGGAUUUCUUGCAUAAGGAACAGGAGGAGGUGGAACGAGAGAAGUCCCUGCUGCAGGACCCCGAAGACUACGAGGCCUCCCCAGAGCUGCAUUGCUUGGCACUGGUGCUGGGGCUGGUUGGCCUAUGCAUUUGCAGCUUCAUUGUUUGUGAUGGCUGGAUUCUGGUGGGCCGUGCUGGCAGCUGGACUGCCGUGCUGUUGCAUCUCUACUCUCAUGUGUGUGUGUGUAUGCGUUUCUCCUCUGAGCAUUUUAUCGAGAUGGGUGAGAGGCUUGACAAGGAGGCAGUUGCCAAUCGGACCAUUGUGUUCGAAGGCAAAGUUCGUCCAGGCACCGGCAAAUGUGUGUGCUCAUGGCCAGGCAAGUACGAGUCUGCUUGGGACGCCCUGGUCACAGGCAGCCGCAGUGGCGACAUCAGUGCAGCGGUGGUCUUUCUCCCAGAGGGUUCAAAGCAUUUCGGCCGCCACGACGCUAUCCCCAAAGGGGAAAAGCUACAGGGCAGCUGCUGGUGCGUUCCCCUUUAUGGGGAGCCAAAGCCGUGGGGUUGCCGUUGGUGGACAAAGUGGAUAGCAAACAUCGAAAGUGCACGCAGGGAAGGCGCUGAAAUGGAGGUUUACUUCUUCAAAGGCAUGAAGGGUAGAGGUAAAGUUGAGGAUUUCUCAACGGCCGGCGAAGAGCACUUGAGACGAGAAGCCAUUCAAGCCAAGAAACAAGACUUCUUCCAUUCGCAAGCAUUUUCCAACGCAUGCGACGAAGGGAUUGAAGGCCUUUCGAAAGACCCACGUGGAGACUCUUCCUCUGGGUACUCGCGCGAGGUGCAACGGCUCUUUUUGGCGUGGCUUCCAGAGGAAGAACGCCACUUCAUGGAGGCAUCUGAAGGUCUUGGGAAUUCACAGAAGGCCGAAGUAGCAUGGCUUGAACGGAAGGGCUAUGCGUACACUGAAGUCGAAGUGGACAUCUCCCAUUGGCCAAGCCACUUCUGGGAGGAGACUGCGUUGAUUCUAGUUGAUUCAGCACGGCAGUUGGCCAAGCCACCUGCUUCUGAGUCUGAGGAAACUGCGCUGGCUGUGAAGAUGGUCCGCGGAGAGAUGGGUCUGAAGAAUGUGGACAUGAUUCCCUUCGUCCGCACCCUGGAGAUGGCCAAGGACGUCAAUGAAGUGCUGGUACAAGAGCCUGGUGGCGAGCAGAAUGAACCUUCUUCGCCAUGGAAUUGGAGUUCCUUCCACAACGCCAUGGAAUUACCUGGAAUUCCAGAUGCCAAAGAGCCAGAUGGCCCUGAAGAUGGCAUCGUGGUGCUUGAGAACAACUUGGGAGCAGCCAUUGAGGUUACGCUGGACCAAGAGGUCAAGAUGCUCUACCCAGGGAAAAGUUGGAUCUUCGGCAUCACCGGAGCAUCUGACAAGCUGAUGAAAGUUCACUGCAGAGAUGACCCCAGCAUUCUUGGGACUCGGCAGGUCGAAGACGGCUUGGCGCUUCGUGCAUCGGAGAGUUUCGGGUCUUUCGGCAUUGAGGUCGCGGAUUUCUUGCAAAAGGAGCAGGAGGAGGUGGAACGAGAGAAGUCCCUGCUGCAGGAACGGAAAAAGAGAAUUGAAAAGGAACUUGAAAAAGAACGCUUGAGGCGUCUGUGUUUAAGCAUCCCCUCCACAGCAUUUUGCUUAAGCUUCCUGGUGCUAUUGACGUAUGAGGACCCCGAAGACUACGAGGCCUCCCCAGAGCUGCGUUGCUUGGCACUGGUGCUGGGGCUGGUUGGCCUAUGCAUUUGCAGCUUCAUUGCUCAGACUGUUGGUCUCAGAUUUUCAGGUUCACGAUGGAAAAAGUUGGCGUACUAUGCACCCUACGGCUGUUUCGUCCUGGGCGGCCUUACUGUGAUCAUAGCCAUCGUGAGGUUUGUGAUGGCUGGAUUCUGGUGGGCCGUGCUGGCAGCUGGACUGCCGUGCUGUUGCAUCUCUACUCUCAUGUGUGUGUGUAUGCGUUUCUCCUCUGAGCAUUUUAUCGAGAUGGGUGAGAGGCUUGACAAGGAGGCAGUUGCUGAGCGGACCAUCGUGUUUGAAGGCGAAGUUCUUCCAGGCACCGGCAAGUGUGUUUGCUCAUGGCCAGGCAAAUACGAGUCUGCUUGGGACGCCCUGGUCACAGGCAGCCGCAUUGGCGACAUCAGUGCGGCGGUGGUCUUUCUCCCAGAGGGUUCAGAGCAUUUCGGCCGCCACGACACAAUUCCCGAAGAGGAAAAGCUACCCGGCACGUGCUGGUGCGUUCCACUUUAUGGGGAGCAGAAGCCGUGGGGUUGCGGCUGGUGGACACAGUGGAUUGCAAACAUCGAAAGAGCGCGCAGAGAAGGCGCGGAAAUGGAAGUGUACUUCUUCAAAGGCAUGAAGGGCAGAGGGAAAGUUAACGAUUUCUCAACGGCCGGUGAAGAGAACUUGAGGCGAGAAGCCAUUCAAGCCAAGAAACGGCGCUUCCUCCAGUCGCAAGCAUUCUCCAAUGCAUGCCACGAAGGGAUUGAAGGCCUUUCGAAAGACCCACGUGGAGACUCUUCCUCGCAGUACUCGCGCGAGGUGCAACGGCUCUUUUUGGCGUGGCUUCCAGAGGAAGAACGCCACUUCAUGGAGGCAUCUGAAGGUCUUGGGAAUUCACAGAAGGCCGAAGUAGCAUGGCUUGAACGGAAGGGCUAUGCGUACACUGAAGUCGAAGUGGACAUCUCCCAUUGGCCAAGCCACUUCUGGGAGGAGACUGCGUUGAUUCUAGUUGAUUCAGCACGGCAGUUGGCCAAGCCACCUGCUUCUGAGUCUGAGGAGACUGCGCUGGACGUCAAUGAAGUGCUGGCGUCUCGGCUGGUGAACGAGCAGGAGAAGAACGGUCUGAAGCGAGGUGAAGAUGGGCUCAAGGUGAACAUGAUGGCAGAGCUGCCCAGCAACGUUUUUUUGGCGGAGGAGUUCCUGGAGUACUUCGCAUCUUGGCAGGGUGUGCCUGGAGAAUGCCCGGCUGCAGGGCAGAGUGAAGUCACUGUCCAUAUCGGACAAUGGAGAACUUGGAAAGAGGAGGAACUCAUGGAGACAGCGCCCGACGGGUAUGGGCGUGAAGCAAAAGCCCUCUUGAGCCAGUACUUCAAAAAGGAAGACCUCUACAAAGGAGGUGGCGCUGGAUCAGGGCUCCCCUGGGCGACCCAAAGGCAAGGAAUUUUGAACCUGGGCAAACGCCGCGAUGACGAGGAGCGCCGCCCCAAGAAGGGCGAGGAUCAAAAGAAAGAUGAGGACUCCGAAAGUGAAAAGGUGAGAAAGGUGAGUCGGCUGGAGAAACAGCUGAAGGAGUUGAAAGCGAGUCUGAAGGAUGCCCGGGACAAGAAAAGCCCGGUGGAUAAGAAACGGAAGAAAGAGCGCUCCCCAGCUGGAAGCCACAAAGAUGGGCGGAAGAAGGGCGCUCAUCCCUUUGAUAAAGGGGGGCUCGAUCCAGAGAAGGACCUAGUCUCAGAUGUCGACUGGGACCCUGAUGAUGCUGAACGAGAAAGCGGAUCUGAGACUGGAUCAGAGAGGUCGUCUUCGCCGGAGCGCAAGGCGGCCAAAGAGAAGACCCAAAAGGAGCGCACGAAAAGGCGCUCGAAGCGCAAUGAGAAGAAGGAUAAGAAGAAGUCCCGAAAGUCAGACAAGAAGAGAAAAGGCCGUGAGCGGCUUGACCGGGACAAAGGCCCCUUCGGGGUAGGUGAGACAAGACGCCUUCCACGUGAGGAAAGUGGAAGUGAGAGCGAAGGCGAGAGCUCGUCCAGUGACCGAUCGAGCCAGUCUUUUCGCAAAGCCCCCUCGGGCCUGACCCUGCAUCUCCGGCUGCAGAGGUACGCUCAGCGGCACCCGGGUCGCUUGGCAACUCGCUUAUUGCAACGCAUGGAGCGAGCAACGAGGUUCGAGGGGGCGUCAAUUCCAACCGGGACCAAGGGCAGCAAAGUGGUUCCCUGCGCCCUGAGCUACUACCUGGCCAUACUAGUGCCCUCUCUCAAGGAGAGGUGGAACCAGCGCACCCAACGGGAGAUGAGGAUAUGGUCAGAGGUGCUGGACAUGCUGGCAAUGGGGCGCGGGUCAACAGCAGCAGACCUGGUCGCUCAAAGAUUAAAGGCACUCGAGCAGUCCGUGGUCGACGGAAACACGUGGAAAAAGGCAAAGUUUUUGGAGCUCGUGGCCGAGGAGUCAGGCAUGGCCGACAAAGGAGAAGAACAAAUGAUGGUCAAGGAGGCCGAGCUCGAGGAUCGGUUUCGGGGGCGAACUCCGUGGAGCUCCCAGCGAUGGGACGAGAGUCCAGCACCCAAAGGAAAGGGGCCAAGAGAAAGCAGAGAAAAAGAAGAGAUCCCUGAAGAAGACCCUCGGCAAGAGGAGAGUGGAGAUAUGGAUGGCUCAGACAAAUCCGCCGAGUCUGGAAUGUCCUUCCAUCAAGCUUGGGAGGCUGUCUUGGCGGGAGGACUUCAUUUCUCACAGGUGGGAACAGUAAUGAUUGACCUGCUGAAGAAACAAGGAACGGCCUUGGGGAAGUUUCAACAGAAAUUAGCAAAACACGCUGUGGCCCCCUCAGAGCCCGGAGCUCGAAGGGAGAUACUCCCCAUUUCCCUUGAGGCCGUGAAGGAGUUCCUCGCCGUCCCAGAGGGGACACGAGACUGGGUCAUCUUUAUCUGCAUGGUAUUCAACUUUCAAUUCUGCUCGGGUUAUUCCAGCCCGAAGUAUAUGAUUCAUCAUACAACGCUGAACGAAAAACAGCGGCACCUGCUGAAGAGUCAUCUCCAGCCCGCAGUGGAGAGAUUCCUGGAAGGAAAUCCGGUUCUCCCGCCCUCAUCAAAAGUUGAAGAAGAGCUGAGGCGCAAAGGGCAGGACUUCCUGGAGGGGGAGACCCUGAGGCAGGUGGUGACUCCGAUGGCCAGCAUUUUACCCUCAGAGGAGUGGCCCAAGGAGCUCCCUAAGAGCUAUGUGAGAGCAACAGAUGAAACGUGGCAAAACUGGUUGAAGAAGGUUACAAGAGAGGACUGUUUCAACAUUGUCCUGAAAAUGAGAGGCCAAGUGCGGCAACGUUUCAUUUCCAUCUUCUGCCCGCUAAAUGCGGUGAGCCGCAAGAUUGAGGGGGACGAAAGCACCCUCCCGUACGUUGGGCAGGUGCAUCUUCUUCACAUCCCCGAUGAAUGUGAAAUUGUUGUCGAUUCUGAGGAUAUGACAUCCGCCUUCAACCUUUUCAAGAUGCCCGAGGGCUGGCGGGGGCUGUUUGUGUACGAGAAGACAGCACCGGCGCAUUGCCUGGGACUUUCUGGAGAAGAGCCAGUUUAUGUUGCACUUCGCACGGUGCCCAUGGGAUGGAUCAGCGCGGUCGGCGUCGUGCAGGCCGCGAUCCGGCACCUGGCAUUUAAAAUUGCCAAACUGCCUGCAGAAGCAGAGAUCCAGAAAUGGAAGGAAAUCCCUGAGGCAGACAAGCUGCUUCUCUACCUGGACUCUGUAGACCAGCUCAGGCUGGUCUCAAAGACCAUGGUCGCUGUGCAUGAAAAUGAGGCCUCCGAGGAGCACAAGAAGUUCAAAAAGGCAUGUGAGGACAGGGGACUCCCAACCAAUGCCGCUAAGGCACUGGCUGGGUCACUGGUCGGCUCUUUACAGGGCGGUGAGCUGCGCUCACGAGCUGGGGUGUUCAUGCUGCAGUUAGAAAAGAUGAGGAUGAACAUCGCCAUGGUCCUCAACCUCCUCAGCAAGGAGCAGUGGGAUGGUCAAGCAACAUCAGGAUUGUUAGGCAGACUGGUGUUCGCCGCGGCUUUUCGCCGGCCCAUCCUGUCGGCUCUAGAGGAUGUGUUUCUGCAGUUCAAGCACCAGAGGGGGACCCAAAAGCCAACACCUCGGGUUGUAGAUGAGAUGACUUGCAUGGUGGGCCUGGUACCGAUGGCGUUCACAUGUGUCAGAGCGCCCAUUUACCGCAAGCUGAGUGCCACUGAUGCAUCGCCUACAGGGGCAGGGUCAUGCACGGCAACGCAACUGAAGCGACGGCUGGGUACUCCUAACCCUCAGGUGGUCUGGUGUUGCAUCUGCCGCUCAGACAUGGGCGAGGCCAUUGGAAGUGGAGAGGACAUGGAGUGCCCCUUCGGAUGCGGAAGCCGCGUUUGCUCGCUGCACUGCUAUCAAGAGCAUCGUGACACGUGUGAGUGCAACAGCAAAGCUUUGCCGCUGUUCAGCGAGAGGUGGUCUGGAGGCAACUGCCCACUGAGCAAAGCCAUGCUCCGAGAAGGAUUUGAUGUGGCUUUGCCGUAUGACCUGAAGAUAAGGCCUGAGAUGGAAUUCUUCUCAGAAGAAGGCAAAGCUAUCUGGAAGGGCCUUGAUGACUCCCCGGUGGAGGUGGAGCACCAUGCUCCGGAUUGUAAGACCAUGAGUCGGGCGCGAGGCCGCCCCUUCUGGAUUGGGAACCAGCGGUAUGACGGCCCCCCAGCUUUGCGGGAUGAACGCCACGUCAUGGGAUUUCCCAACCUGCGCGGAGAGAAGGCCGUGCGAGUGAGGCAGGGCAACAAGAUGGCAUUGAAAAGUGUGGCCCGCUGUGCGGAGCUUGAUGAUGCUGGCAAGCUCUUCUCAUUGGAGCACCCCUGGAGGAGUUUCCUUUGGUAUAUGCGCCAGACAGUGGAGUUGGCGUCCAGGCCAGGGGUGGUUAUGGCAGUGUACUCCAGCUGCUGUUUCGGCGGAUCAAGACAGAAGUGGACAGCGGUCCUCACCAACAGCCCCGCGAUCUAUGAGGCCCUGCACAGGCCAGACUGCCCACACGGCAUGCAUGCAGAUUACCAGCCCUACUUCGACUCAGAGGGGUGGGUAAUCUAUCCGACCGAGGAAGCGGCGGAGUACCCGCCCGGCAUGGUGGAAGCCUAUGCAAAGGGGGUGCGCCGACAUUUCGAAAACACCAACCAGUGGCCCGAUGAGGAGGCCUUCCGCGUCCAAUGCAUUGCAAAGGAGCUGAGCAAAUAUUCACGUUUCACAGAUGAAGAGCUGAAGAUGAAGGUUGCCCAGCUCAUUUUGCAGCUGGAGAAAAAGCUGACGACCGGAAAGGAGGGCCAAGCACUGUACGACCUCCUGAAAAAUGGGCAUUAUCGAGGCACCGACAUCAGACUGUUUGUCGAGCACAACAGUGCCCGCGAGCUGUUGCCAUAUCCGGCUUACCGGUGGCUCUGGCGCGACACUUUGAGUUUCCGAUGGAAACAGGAAAGCCACAUUAAUGAACUGGAGGGCCAAGCCCUCGUGGCCCAUGUCCGCCGCCUCCUUCGGGAACAAGAGGUGACCCAUGUGCGGGUCAUGGUCGUCGUAGACUCCCAGGUGUUGUUUUACGCCGUUGGAAAAGGACGCAGCCCUGCAAAGCGUAUCAACAGGUCGCUCCACAGCUACCAAAGAGCCUUGCUCCAUUUCUUUGAAUGGAUGGAUGAGGAAGAGAUACGCAUGCCAUCCAGAUAUCCAGAUCUGGAUGAGACACUGGCUGCAUACCUAGAACAUCUCUGGCUUGAUGAUUUUAACAUCACCUAUGCCGGCCAUACUUUGAGUGCUCUUCGUCGUUUCUACCCCCAGCUCCGGUACAGACUACCAGUGGCCAGGCAAUUUUUCUCCAACUGGAAAAGCAUCCAUGUCCCGCGACAAGCGGUUCCUAUGCCUGCGAGCAUUGCUCUCGCCUUGGCUGGGGUGGCUUUAGCUGUCAAGGAGCUUAACCUGGCCCUGGUAUUUUUGUUGGGUUUCACCGCAUUUCUGCGAACAGGGGAAAUGGUCAACCUCCGUUUUACCCAAAUACAAGUGCACGAAUUCAAUGGCCAAAUCAUCUUGGCCCUGCCAGCCACCAAAACCUCAAAGAACAAAAUGGAAAGUGUGGCUGUGAAUGACCAAUUGCUGGCAAGUCUAACCGCCCACGCGGCCGCCACAGCCGGUGGAGAUUCUCUCCUCAACCUUACUGCAAACCAAUUCCGCCGGCAGCUUUCUCUCCUGUUAGAAGUGCUCCAAUUGGAGCAAGAAAAAUUUACAGGUUACUCUAUCCGUCGUGGCGGUGCAUCCCAUGCCUUUGCCACUGGUCAACACUUUGAUCAGAAACCCGGCGGGCCCGGUGGCUUCUCCGUUGGGAGCAACGACCUCACGCAGCUCACCUUGGGCUUGGACCGUGACUCAGGGCUGGUGGCCCAGUACUUCGAUGAGCGAAACCCUGCAGUGAAGGGCUUGGAGACGUUGAAGGCGGCAAAGGCCAAGGGCAAGUGGGGCGACCCAAGUGCCUGUUCAGAUGGGUGGAGGGUGACACAAGAUUCACAAGAUCCUGAGAUGUUGGUGGCUUCCCAGAAUCAGCCUUUCAAGGUCACCCUUCGUAUAGGUCCUAUGUGCAAGAUGUACGUGGGCAUCUGCGGCCAGGGUCCCUCGGAUCAUCCGGACCUGGCGAAGUGGCUCAUGGAGCAGGGCAUCGACUCCGUGUCGCUGAACCCCGACUCGGCAGCUCGGUCGAACCUGCUGGGGCUUCGGGAACCAGCUCGUGCCCCCAACAAGGAUGAUAAGGAUGGCUUCUCCAUUGGGAGCAACGACCUCACGCAGCUCACCUUGGGCUUGGACGGUGACUCAGGGCUGGUGGCCCAGUACUUCGAUGAGCGAAACCCUGCAGUGAAGGGCUUGGAGACGUUGAAGGCGGCAAAGGCCAAGGGCACGUGGGGAUCCCCAAGCACCCAGGGCGCCCAGGGCCCCCAACUCGCCGUGGCUCGUGACGGCCAGCCUGUCACGGAGCGGCCUGGCAAAGAUCAGGAAAUGUACAGCCUGAUUGGUGGUGAGAAUGAAUCCGAAGACGAGAAUCCCAUGAUCGGUUUCCGCGGCUGCGGUCGGCUGCCUUCUUCGCCAUGGAAUUGGAGUUCCUUCCACAACGCCAUGGAAUUACCUGGAAUUCCAGAUGCCAAAGAGCCAGAUGGCCCUGAAGAUGGCAUCGUGGUGCUUGAGAACAACUUGGGAGCAGCCAUUGAGGUGACGUUGGACCAAGAGGUAAAGGUGCUCUACCCACGGAAAUGUUGCGGCUUCGACGUCACCCGAGCAUCUGACAAGCUGAUGAAAGUUCGCUGCAGGGAUGACGCCAGCAUCUUCGGGACUCGGCGCGUCGAAGACGGCUUGACCCUUCGUGCAUCGGAGAGUUUCGGGUCUUUUGGCGUUGAGGUCGCGGAUUUCUUGCAAAAGGAGCAGCACGAGGUUGAUCGAGAGAAGUCCCUGCUGCAGGAGCGGAAAAGGAGAAUGGAAAAGGAACUUGAGAAACAACGCAGGAUAGAGGUGUUCUGUUGCUUCCCGAUCUGGUCCUCCUACACAGCACUGUGCUUGGGCCUCCUGGUGCUAAUGACGUGUUUGGACCUCGAAGGCGCGGCCCUCGCAGCGCUGCUGUGCUCGUUCCUGGUGCUGGGGCUGGCUGGCCUGCGCUUCAUCAGCUCCACUGCUCUGACUGAUGGUCUCAGAUUUUCAGGUCCACGACGGAAAGUGUUGGUAUAUUAUGGCAGCUACGGCUGUUUCUUCCUGGGCUCCAUUACUGUAGCCAUAGCCAUCGUGAGGUGUGUGAUGGCUGGAUUCUGGUGGACCGUGCUGGCAGCUGGCCUGCCGUGCUGUUACAUGUCUACUCACAUGUGUAGGUCGUGGUUGUCGAAUGCCUCCUUCGAGGAGAUGAUCAAACAUGUUGAGAGGCUUGACAAGGAGGCAGUUGCCAAUCGGACCAUCGUGUUUCACGGCAAAGUUCUUCCAGGCACCGGCAAAUGUGUUUGCUCGUGGCCAGGCAAAUACGAGUCUGCUUGGGACGCCCUGGUCGCCGGUAGCCGCAGUGGCAACAUCAGUGCAGCAGUGGUCUUCUUGCCCGAGGGUUCAAAGCACUUCGGCAGUCACGACGUUAUCCCGGAAGAGGAAAGGCUACAGGGCAGCUGCUGGUGUGUUCCCCUUUAUGGGGAGCCAAAGCCGUGGGGUUGCCGUUGGUGGACAAAGUGGAUAGCAAACAUCGAAAGGGCGCACAGAGAAGGCGCGGAAAUGGAGGUUUACUUUUUCAAAGGCAUGAAGGGCAGAGGGAAAGCUCAGGAUUUCUCAACGGCUGGUGAAGAGCAUUUGAGGCGAGAUGCCAUUCAAGCCAAGAAACAGGAGUUCUUCCAGUCGCAAGCAUUUUCCAACGCAUGCCACGAAGGGAUUGAAGGCCUUUCGAAAGACCCACGUGGAGACUCUUCCUCGCAGUACUCGCGCGAGGUGCAACGGCUCUUUUUGGCGUGGCUUCCAGAGGAAGAACGCCACUUCAUGGAGGCAUCUGAAGGUCUUGGGAAUUCACAGAAGGCCGAAGUAGCAUGGCUUGAACGGAAGGGCUAUGCGUACACAGAAGUGGAAGUGGACAUCUCCAAGGCAGUUGGCCAAGCCACUUGCUUCUGGGAGGAGACUGCGCUGGCUGUGAAGAUGGUCCGUGGAGAGAUGGGUCUGAAGAAUGUGGACAUGAUUCCCUUAGUCCGCACCCUGGAGAUGGCGAAGGACGUCAAUGAAGUGCUGGACUUCUUCCAGACGCAAGCAUUUUCCAACGCAUGCGACGAAGGAAUUGCAGGCCUUUCGAAAGACCCACGUGAAGACUCUUCUUCGCCGUACUCGCGGGAGGUGCAGCGGCUCUUUUUGGCGUGGCUUCCAGAGGAAGAACGCCACUUCAUGGAGGCAUCCGAAGGUUUCGGGAAUUCACAGAAAGCCGAAGUAGCAUGGCUUGAACGGAAGGGCUAUGCUUACACUGUUACACUGAAGUGGAAGUAG